AUGGCAACAUACCAAGGAAUCCUGUUGCACCUCAUCUUCUCCCUCCUCCUCAACCACGACCAGCUAGAUCUGGAAUUGACUCAAGCAAUCCCCGAGAUCCCCUCUCAACUUCUGAUUUCCCUCGUGCGCACCUGUCUGAAGCGGCGCAUGUUCUUCUAUCCCUCAAUAUUGGCCCAAUUCAAACCAGGAGUUGAUCCCGAUGUUUUUAUUUGGCUUGGUAUCGAGGAAGCCAAGCGUUUUGGUUUGUCAUUGUACAGAGUAUGCAGGCAUGCCCGAGUAUGCGACACCAAACUCUUGGAAGACGCGCCGGAUUUCAGCCCUCGACGUGGACCACGAUCACCGGAUGGAAGCCUUCUUUCUUUGGCAGACCUGCAAUUUGCGGUGCCGGACAGUGAUGGGCUCUGGCAUGCUACUUCGGAUUUGGCCGCGAAAAUCAGAGGAAAUGAAGCUGCAUAUACCAAUGAGAAUAUUGAAGACAAUUGGAUUUCUCAGACUGCGCGGGUUUUGCAGCCUCGUGAUCAACAAUUUCAGUGGAUAUAA